GGCCUGAAAGGCGGUUUCUUUGUUUGGUAAUACGUAUACCAGCACUGGAAAACAGACGCUCCGCAGGAACUGAUGUCGCCAAAAUUGGAAAAUAAUCUAUGGCCACUUUAUAAAUCCACGGAAAUUCAUGAAAUAUCGUCGAAAUUAUUAUUUUCUCUAGAAGAUACAUAUAAGCUCUGUGCUAUCAGAAUCGGAAGCGAUUUCUUCAUUUCUUUAAGCAAUAUUCGCAACUUCUCGUUUUUUAAUAUCCAUAAGAUGAGAUGUAGCUGAAGUAUGAGACGUCUCAAUUCGUCUCACAAAACGCUCGCAGCGCCACACAAGCUGUUUUGCAUAGGCGUCGCAAGUGGUAUCGAAGUGAGGUCCAAUUUAUUAUUGCAAAUAGUUUUAUACUUUAAUGUUUGGUUUUAUCCAGUUUGGAUUUGGAUUCUUCUGUGCAACGUGGAUGCAAAGUACUGUAAAUUAAAUGAUGUCUAUCAAGUCAUAAGUGUAGCAGUUUUCAUUGCUGUAAUUAUUUUAGAAGGUGUAAGACUAUAUUUGGGAUAUCUUGGAAAUUUAGCCAUAAAAAUUCCCGAGCUAGCAACUUUUUGGUUAAUAUCAACGCUUCUGCAACUUCCUCUAGAGAUGUUCCUCAUUCUUGAUCCAAGAAACAUUCCUGAGUUAAAUGAAAAAAUUGCUAACAUUAUAGCAAUAAUUUUUCUACUUGCAGAAAUUACAACAGGAACACUGGCUUUAAGAAAUUUAGCUGACUCUCAUGCCAAAAGAUUUUAUAUAGCGCAAUUAUAUAAAGUAGAUGAUAAGUUGGACUGAAAAUUUUUUCACAAACAGUAUUACAUAAAUAUUAUAUUUCUACGUUUAUGUACACUUUUAUAAUUUCUAUUUUAGGUUAUUUAAUUAAUUGCUUAUAACAUUAACUUGAAUAUAUUAUUCAUUUUAUGAAUUUUAUUCUACCUAAAUGCUGUUUAUUUUCAAAAAUUAUCCAUCAAACAUUGUUUGUAAAAAAGACAAAAAUAGCGAGAGGUGAUGUUAAAAAGGGUUUAAAAAUAAAUGAAAUCUUUGUUUUUAUAAAAUUAUUCAAAUAAUUCUAAAUUCUAAGUUACACACGUUCAUGAUUAUUUAAAUGAUGUAAAUCAUAGAAUAUUUGUAAAUAUAAUAUAUUAAUUUUUAA